CUACCAAGGGCUGGUGCUUUCUUAACGCCCGGUCCAAGUUGGUCUGGAACCUGGCCAGCGGCAGACACCGGCUCUGGCCCCCAGACCUAGGCACAGACCAGCAGAAGGGAAACCGCACAGAGGCCAGUGGAACGGAUGACCUUUGAUGAUGUGGCUGGGGACUUCAGGGAAGAGUGAUUUACCCAGACACUGCUUAGAAAAUCCCCUUCAGGGAUACCACCCCACCACACAAUUAGAAGAAUGGGCUCUCAAAGGGAUUUCUAGACCAAGUGUAAUCUCCCAGCUGGCACAGAAAGAAGAGCCAUGGGUCCUUCCACUGCGACACUUUGGGACAAGGAAGACCCCGGGGGAAAGUCACUCAGACUUUGAGUACCAGGUGGCAAAACUCAAUCAGAACAUUUCUGAAACAGAACAAUGUGGAAUGUCCUCGGGAAGGACCAAUAAAAAUACUGCUCACACUCCUAGUUUGAGAGGAAGCUGGGAGAGGGACCGUGAAUUAGAAGGGCAACAGGAAGCCCUUCCAGGAGAGGUCCAGCAGGAGCCCUUUUCACAGGAGAUGGAUUUAAACAAGCUCCUGGAUGGAUAUGUGAGAAACAAGCCUGUGUGUACAGAAUGUGGGAAAAGCUUUAACCAGAGUUCCUAUCUUAUAAGACACCUAAGAACCCAUACAGGUGAGAGGCCUUACAAAUGCAUCGAAUGUGGGAAAGGCUUCAAACAGAGUUCAGACCUUAUCACUCACCACAGAACACACACAGGAGAGAAGCCGUACCAAUGCAAUGGGUGUGAGAAAAAGUUUGGCGACAGCUCGACACUUAUUAAACAUCAGAGAACCCACACAGGUGAAAGACCCUAUGAGUGCCCAGAGUGUGGAAAGACUUUUGGGAGGAAGCCACACCUCAUAAUGCACCAAAGAACCCACACAGGAGAGAAGCCCUACACGUGCCUCAACUGUCAUAAAAGCUUUAGUCGAAGUUCAAAUUUCAUCACUCACCAGAGGACCCACACCGGGGUGAAACCUUACAGGUGUAAUGACUGUGGGGAGAGUUUUAGUCAGAGCUCAGAUCUGAUUAAGCACCAACGAACACACACAGGAGAACGGCCCUUUCAAUGCCCAGAGUGUGGGAAGGGCUUCAGAGAUAGUUCUCAUUUCGUGGCUCACAUGAGUACUCACUCAGGAGAGAGGCCUUUCAGUUGUCCCAACUGCCAUAAAAGUUUCAAUCAGAGCUCACAUCUGGUAACACACCAGAGAACACACACAGGGGAGAGACCUUUUAAGUGUGACAUCUGCGGGAAAGGGUUCACUGACAGUUCUGCUCUCAUUAAGCACCAGCGUAUCCACACUGGAGAAAGACCCUACAAAUGUGGGGAGUGUGGGAAGAGCUUCAAUCAGAGCUCCCACUUCAUCACCCAUCAACGGAUCCACUUAGGAGACAGACCCUACCCAUGUCCAGAAUGUGGCAAGACCUUCAAUCAGCGGUCCCAUUUUCUCACACACCAGAGAACACAUACAGGAGAAAAACCUUUUCACUGUAGUAAAUGUGACAAGAGUUUCCGUCAGAAAGCUCAUCUUUUAUGCCAUCAAAACACUCAUUUGAUUUAGGAAAUAGUGUUUAGCAGAUCUGCUACUCCCUUCCAAAUUUCUGUUGCUACUAUCUUCAAGUACCCCAAAUAGAGAUAUCCUAGACUUCGGUGGCUCAAGUUGAGCCUUGA